CGAAAAACAAAGGCAAAGGCAUAAGAGAUAUACAAAUAAACAAAUAGGUACACAACCAUGACAGAUAAUCAAACGAAUAGCAAAAAUCCCGGCGCAUGUCUUGGCACCCCCGCGGAAAGACUCGCCGCCCGCAAGCCCAUCCCUAAGCCCGUGCCGGCAUAUCUGCCCCACCCCGGCUCGGCUUUGGCUGUUGACAAACAGCUGUAUCAGGAGAUCCAAGAGGCACCGCGUGUACUGCUAGAAGAAUUCACCUUGCCAAUUCGAUCGGGGCGGGCAUGGCAGGCAUCGGCGGGAUCAAUAGUGAGAAUCAGCACACCAGAGGGGCCGCAAGUGGGUGAUCUCAACAUCUGGAACGCUCACAACCCCCGUGAGCGCUUCUGGGCCAGCCGCACAAAGCAACUGCAUGCAUCUCACGUCUCGACCCACGACCGCCUGUGGUCCUGCCUGCCGUACAUGCGACCCCUGGCCACCAUCAUCGCCGACUCGCUAGACUGGUACGGGGUUGACGAGACGGGCGGCCGCGUGCACGACCUGCUGGGCACCCGCUGCGACCCUUAUAUCAACAACGUGCUCAGCGGUGGCAGUUACGACUUUCAGUGCCACUCGAACCUCACAAGGGCUGUGGUCCCCUUUGGUCUUGAGGAGAGGGAUGUUCACGAUGUCAUUAACCUGUUUCAGGUUACGGGGCUGGAUGAGAAAGGCAGGUAUUUCAUGAAUCCGUGUCCCGCACAAGCCGGGGAUUAUAUAGAAUUUUUGUGUGAGCAGGACCUGUUGUUUGCCUUGAGCACCUGCCCUGGCGGUGACCUCUCUCUCUGGGGGUUUGGCAGCGCCAGCGAAAAGGAAAUGAUCAAAUGUUGUCGGCCACUCAAGGUCGAGGUGUUUGCUCUCCAGGACGGUGGUGCACUCCUCGAAUCUAAGGGGUGGAAACCCGCGGAAAAAUCAGGAUACGCAGGCAGGCAUGGAAUGAAGAUCCCGCUGGGAGAAGGCCUGAAUUAAAGUACAGUUGCGGCAGCUCGGGGCCGAUCUUGGUCGUUGCUUUUGCCUGCCUGGUUAAGAAAGUCAGAGUGAGACUUGUUGGCUCGCGUCAGCAAGGCAAAAUGCAUUGUUCUUGUGCAGAACAAGGGGUUUCCCCUCUUUCUUGUUUUUUGGCAAAUAUGCCACAUAAAGCCUGACCUGAACUGGCC